AUGCGUCGUAGCGCCCUCGCGCCUGGCAGUGAGCGGAGUCAUGAUGGCGGCGGACAGGCCGUGCUGAUGAGACAGCGAAACAGGCGACAGCUACAGAAGCUUCCAAGCGGCCCAUUAGCAACAGCGCUCUCCACAGAGGCAGCAUCGCCGCGGUACGCUGACACAAAGCCGCAGGAUCGAGCAGACCGUCCCUCCUAAUUAAACCAAAGGCCGGAAACCGACACUGCACCCAGGACACAGCGGGACCGGGAGGGUCACCACCGCCUUGCCGCCAUGCAGAUCACAAUGAAGACGCUGCAGCAGCAGACCUUCAAGAUAGACAUUGACUGUGAAGAGACGGUCAAAGCUUUAAAAGCGAAAAUCGAACUUGAGAAGGGGAAAGAUCAGUUUCCAGUUGAUGGCCAAAAAUUAAUUUAUGCAGGUAAAAUCCUUAAUGAUGAUACGGCACUUAAAGAAUACAAAAUUGACGAUAAGAACUUUGUAGUGGUUAUGGUUACAAAAGUAAGUCCAAAACCAGCAGCAGCAGCCCCCUCCGUACCAGCUCCAGCACCAACUCAGCCAACUAGCACUGCAACUGCUGCCCCUUCAUCACCACCUCAGACAUACACACCAAUUUCCCGAACCAAUGCACCUGGGUCCCUUCCAUUUCCCUUACCCAGCAUCGCUAUUCCUAGUCCAGUAGUUACUACUGAACCCCAGACAACCACAGCUAGUACAGAAGAGAAACCUGAAGAGAAGACAGAGUCUCCUGAGGAGACAGUUAGUCCUUCAUCAACGGAGGGCAGUGUACCCAGUGAUUCUUCCCGACCAUCACUUUUUGAAGAUGCAACAAGCGCACUUGUAACUGGUCAGUCAUAUGAAAAUAUGGUGACUGAAAUUAUGUCCAUGGGCUAUGAACGAGAGCAAGUUAUUGCUGCCCUUAGAGCCAGCUUUAACAACCCUGACAGGGCUGUGGAGUAUCUCCUUAUGGGAAUUCCGGGAGAUAGAGAAGGUCAGGCAGGUGCUGAUCCUCCCCAAGCAGUCAGUGCUCCUACUCCACCUCUGCCAAUAGCAGCUGGUGCGGCUGCAACUACAACUACACCAACUACACCUUCUACUGGAGGAAAUCCCCUUGAUUUCUUACAGAAUCAACCUCAGUUUCAGCAGAUGAGACAGAUUAUUCAACAGAAUCCCUCUCUGUUGCCAGCACUUCUACAACAAAUUGGGAGGGAAAACCCCUCAUUACUGCAGCAAAUUAGUCAACACCAGGAGCAGUUCAUCCAGAUGUUAAAUGAUCCAAUCCCAGAAUCUGGAAGUCAGGGAGAAGGAGUUGGCGGAGGAGGUGGCGGCGGAGGAGGAGGAAGGGGAGUGGGAGUGGCAGCUGAAGCUGGAAGUGGUCAUAUGAACUAUAUUCAAGUGACACCUCAGGAAAAGGAAGCUAUUGAAAGGCUAAAAGCACUAGGAUUUCCUGAGGGACUGGUGAUACAGGCAUAUUUUGCAUGUGAGAAGAAUGAAAACCUGGCUGCCAAUUUUCUCCUACAGCAGAACUUUGAUGAGGAUUGAAAAAAGACUAUUUUUUAUCUCACUUCACACCAGUGCAUUACACUAACUUUGCUCACUGGAUUUAUUGGGAUGAUUUGGGCUCAUAUCCACAAUAUUUGGUGUACAAUAGUCGAGGGUGGGGUGGGUUAGGGAAAUAUUGGAAAAAGCUAGAAUAUAAUGCAUACAUCUGCUAUAAUUGAGCAGUUGCAGCAAUCCAUGUGUGCUAUGGGAAAGAUUAUUAAAGACAAAAAUUUGAAAAUAUAGCUUCUGCAAGCAUUUUCCCCUCUGAAUACCAUCUGCUAAUUUACAUAUAUUUUAUUUUUUCACUAGUAUAUUUAGAUCCAGAAAAUUAGUGUAAUGCCCUGCCUCUUGUUUUCUUUCUGACAUAUACCUUGGUAUUGAAAAAAAACAAAACUGGUGCUAUUGGAGGUAUUUGUAAUUCACAGUAGCACCAGCUUGUUACCUUGUAAGACUUUAGGGCUUUAAGGAAGACUUAUGAAAUGUAAAUGCCAAACUAUAGAUAGCUGAUCAUUUGCCUGAAGUUAGUGCACAGAACACCUUUUGUGGCAAAUGCUGUGAAAAUGGGUUCAGAAGCACUUUCUUCCAAUAAAUCUUUACUGAUAUUUAAGUAAAUCCCUGAUCAUUGGUUGUGAAGUAGCCACUUUCUGUUCUGGCUGACAAAACAGUAUGUUUUUGUUUUUUUCCUUACCGUUAAUUGAAAUGGAUAGCUUUCUAAUUGCUCAUUCUCUUCAAUUUUUACAUUGCAGUAAAGGUUUUAAAACAACUGUUGCAUGUUUUUUAGUUUUGAUGGAGCCCACUUGCUGUGUUUAAGAAGUAACAUAUUUUUUUUUUCCAGUGAUUACUUAAUUUCCAUGUCAGAUGACAUUGUGCAACAACUGUUUACUGCCAGCCCAUUUACCCCUAUACUUCUCCUGAAUGAACACCUAUACCAACCAGACCCAUAUCAAUACAAGCUGCUUAAUGUGAGAAGCUGGCAGAAGGGUUUUUGCACCGUUUUAAUUUUCAUCCCCCCUGUAGCAAAAUAUUCAAUAAGAGUUACUCUGCUGUAAAGCUGGCAUGACAGAGCUUGAGAGGUCAACCCAUCCUCUGUUAUUUUUAAAGAGGGCAUGGCAUAUAAUUGAACUGUUAGGACUAUUUGUGUAUGUACCACUUAUAUACUUUGGAUGAAUGGACAGAUGGACAAUCGGCAAAAAGGAAAAGAAAAAAAAAAACAUAAAAAUAUGCACAACAUUAAAGGUUCUCCUUGUACAGUG